AUGGCAGGUGCAGAAAAAUAAACUUGCUCCUUUAUUUUCUGUGAAUCUGUUUUUACAAAGAAAAUAGAAUACAUAUUCCCUUUUUGCCUUAAAUCAAACCGUCCCCUGCAAAUUGGGUAAUUAAUUCGUCUUCAAUUUCAUUUUGCCUAUUUAGAGAUCCAGCAAGAAUAUACGAAAGUCAGAUUUUGAUUUAUGAAGAAAAUGCCACAGUUGUUAGAGGAUGAGUUAUUUCCUUCUACGCCGGGUAAGUUUAAGAUGGAAAGGGGCCACACGAUGAACCGCCAGUUUCAUCGGUGUUUCGCCUCCACCAGCACCAUGUUCUUGUGGGCGUUGUUCUUGAUUGCGUUGACGGCGUCGUACCUGAGCUUUCAGAGCUUCGUGGAUUCCGGUAGCCGGUACUUUUCUGCUUCGUGGGGUGGAAUCCAAUGGGAGAAACAGGUGCGGAACUCUGCCCAGAUCCAUCGGUCCGGUGGGAUGGCUGUAUUGGUUACCGGAGCGGCGGGUUUUGUGGGUACACACGUGUCGCUUGCUCUAAAGAAACGCGGAGACGGGGUCGUUGGGAUUGACAAUUUUAACAGCUAUUACGACCCUUCGUUGAAGAGAGCGAGAAAAUCACUCCUCAACAACCACGGCAUCUUGGUCGUUGAAGGCGACGUUAACGACGGCAGGCUGUUGGCUAAGCUUUUCGAUGCGGUGGCUUUCACCCACGUGAUGCACUUAGCGGCCCAAGCCGGCGUCCGGUACGCCAUGGAGAAUCCUCAGUCCUACGUUCAGAGCAACAUCGCCGGACUUGUCACGCUUCUAGAAGUUUGCAAGUCGGCUAACCCACAACCGGCUAUCGUCUGGGCCUCAUCUAGCUCCGUCUACGGCUUGAACGAGAAGGUUCCGUUCUCCGAAUCCGACCGGACGGACCAACCAGCGAGCUUGUACGCGGCGACGAAAAAGGCAGGUGAGGAAAUUACUCACACUUAUAAUCACAUUUACGGCCUGUCGAUUACUGGGUUGAGGUUUUUCACCGUCUACGGCCCGUGGGGGCGGCCCGAUAUGGCGUAUUUCUCGUUCACGAGAAACAUAUUGCAAGGGAAGUCCAUCACGGUGUACCGAGGCAAGAACCAGGUGGAUUUGGCCCGAGAUUUCACCUAUAUUGACGAUAUCGUGAAAGGGUGUUUGGGGUCGUUGGACACGGCCAAGAGAAGUACCGGGUCGGGCGGAAAGAAGCGGGGACCCGCACAGUACCGGAUUUUUAAUUUGGGUAAUACGUCGCCGGUCACCGUGCCGGAACUGGUAAACAUACUGGAGAGGCAUUUGAAGGUGAAAGCAAAGAGGAAUAUCGUGGACAUGCCCGGGAAUGGCGACGUUCCUUUCACCCAUGCGAAUAUUAGCUACGCCCAGAGAGAAUUCGGGUACAAACCCACAACCGAUUUGCAAACCGGGUUGAAGAAAUUUGUUAGGUGGUAUUUAUCUUAUUAUGGGUACAGUAGCAAAAUUGUAAAUUAAUAAUAAUUUUUUUCUCUCUUUUUUUUUUUUUAAAGAUAAUUUGGGCUUUUUCUAUUUCCCAAAAGGAAAAAAACAAAGGAGAAAGUGGAGAUGAAAAACUGAUUUUAUUUUUUGAAAAAAAAAAAAAGGGGAAAACAUGAAGAAGAUGGAGGAAGGCUCAUUCUAUGCCGAAAGGCAAUGAAACUUGGCUAUCCUAUGUAGUUCUGUUUUGUGUUUAUUUUUUUUAUUGUAAAUAAAAAUGAAAUUACUUA